ACCUUGUGAAGUGACUCAUAGUGACACUAGCUGGCUGUUGUCUCUCUUCCGGGGGUGGGGAGCUAGUGUGAGAGGCCCAGGGCUCCCACUGUGAGGAGGGACGGCUCCAGGGGACACGUGGUGACCUGAGGUCUGGGGGGAGUGACCUCGGGAACACGAUGGUUUUGUCUGACGCCUCCCAGGCAGGCGGCACCGACCAGGCUGAGCACCUGGGCCGGCCCUCUGUGCCCGGGGCAGGAGAAGGCCCGCAGCCCCCCGGCCUCCCCAUCGGCCCACCCCAGGCCGGCUCAAGGCUCCGGGUUGGUUGGACGGCCACGGCAGGGUCGGUGGGUGGGGAGAUUUAAACUCAGUGCCCUGGUGGCCGAAGAAGGAGGCUGAAGAUGGGACCGGGGAGGCUGGUGCCCACGCUGGUCCUGGCGCUUGUGCUGGCCAUGGGGUCCCAGCCACAGGAACAGCUGCCCAGGGAGGCCCACAGCCUCAACUGGAACAAGUUUUCAGGGUUCUGGUACAUUCUGGCUGUUGCCUCCGAUGGCCAGGGGUUCUUGCCUGGCAGACACAGGAGGAAGCUGGGGGCAUCCACGGUGAAGGUUCACAAAGUGGCCCAGCUGAAGGUGGUCCUGGCCUUUAGCCGGUCACAGGGGUGUCAGUCAUACACGUUAAUUCUUCGGAAAGAUGGGAAGAAGGCGGUGUUCAGGAACACACGUGCGUAUGAUAGCCCGGGGCCCGGAGAGGGAGGCCGGGGGUGGCAGUGGCCCCCGCCCCCCCCCCGGCUUCGUCACCCAGACGCGGGACAGGGUGCCUCUGCCGGCGCCGUCCCCAGACGCCCCUCCGUCCUGGGGAACGUGGGGGGAGAGGCGGGAUGGGCGCCCGGCACACGGGGGCGGUCAGGCGGGCCGUGGCCCCGGGGGGAGCAGGGGGCUCUCCACCCCUCCCGCACGCCCUGCCUCGCUUCUCUCCCGCCCAGUGAAGGGGGUGGAGGGUUUCCACGUGCUGUCCACGGACUACAGCUUCGGCGUGGUCUACCUGCGCCUGGGCCGCGCCGGCCGGACCGCCAAGAUGCUACUGUUCUUAAGCAGACGGAACACGUCCAGCUUCCCGAGCAUGAAAAGAUUCGUAGACAUAUGUGAGACUUUGGAGCUCGCCGACGGUGUGACCGUUCUUCCGAAAGACGGUAACACGUGGUCGAGAGCCCUCCCCCCCACCCCCCACCGUCCAGGUCCGCGCCAUGCCUGGCCCCGUCCGCCCUGUUAGGGUCGGCUCACCGGGGGCAGAGAGAGGAGGGGUGACAGCGGUCUCUUCCAAGCCCCGUGGGAGGCGCUCCCCUUCCACGGCCCCGUCCUGCAUCAGCACCGGGCUCGUCCUGCCGACGGGCGUGGCCAGGGGGCACCGGGCAGCCCGUCCGGUCUGGCCUCUGUGGCCGUGGCUGGAGGACCAGGGCAGUGUCCCACACCAGCACACGAGAAACCGGGGAGAGAAAGGGAACGCUCGUGGGCAGACCGGCCCCCACCGGGCAGUGCCCCCUCAGUGCCCCUGUCCCUCCACAGCCUCCUGUGCGCACACCAUCCUGCCCUGAGGGCCACCACCUUUACUUUGGGGCUCCGCUCGUGGUCCUCCGAGACCCCAGGAGCGUUCUUCGCGAUUCCGGGAGUUCUCAUCCCGCGGCUUGCUGAGAGGUGUCUGGUGACCCCAGGCCGCUGAUGGGGUGAAGUCCGAGGGCCGUGGCUCUAGCCCAAGAGGGAUCCUUGAUGAUCCUCAGGAGCUGGGGAUAGGAGGGCACGUGCUGGCCGGCAGGGAGAGUCCGGUCCUGGCCCGUCAGCUCGUGCCCUCCAGGUUCCACGGCCGAGAGGGGCUGUCACCUCCUGUCUGCUGGGAAAUAGACCUCGGACCGGUCCAGUGUAAUCCUCGCCGCGUGUCUUCUCUGCAGUGAGUCUGUGCACUGCUCCCUGGGCUCCCCGACACCCCACACUUCCCCAGAAAGCAGCUCACUCCUUCAGGAAACACGUAGAAGCACCCGUGACACGCCAGGCACGUGCUCGCUGCUGGCGAGAGGGCAGUGAGCAAAAUAGGCAAUAGCUUAUUAGAAUUUGGGGACUGUCAGCCUCUGAGAGAGAGGGCCUCGAGCGUCCUAGAUGCCUUCUGUACAGCUGCACAAGGACUAUGCACACCAUAAUUCUUCCAGAGUCUCCACAAAGACAUUACCCUAAUGAGGUGCCUGCAGGAAGAGCUCUUGACCACCUCACACUUUCUGUGCCAGUCUCCCGGCUCGGCUCGGCUGGGAGCCUCAGCCCCACGGUCACCCAGGAGGCCAGGGCUGCAGCCUCAGCUGAGGCUCGACUGGGGCAGGGUCCGCCUCCAAGACCGCGACCGGGCACGUGCUCUUGGCAGGAUUCGGCUGGGACUCGGGGGUCUCAGGACGUCUGUGUCUCAGCCCGGGGCCUCUGCAGGUUCUUGGCCCUGGGCCUCCUGGGGCAGCUCAUGUUAUCUGCUCUUGCUUCGUCAGAGAGAGACACACACACAGACACACAGACUGACACAGAGACAGAGAAUGGACCCGGGAGAAAA